CCGCAGUCGACCGCAAGACUCCGCUCGGAUGAUGUUGUAUGGCAAACAAGCUGAGCAUUAAGUUAUUUGGGUGUUUGUUCCCAUAAUUAAUUCGACUUUGACUCGCGGUCGCUGUUAAACUUUUCAACUAAAAGUUUUUUACCAAAGGCGCACAACGUCGGUUUAUACACUAUUGGGCACACGAAUAAUUGCUGGAUUAUAGUUUUUCAAUUCACAAAAGAAAUCAAUCUGUUGAAUAUAUGAUAUAUGUAAUAUGUUGAUGAAAUUGAAGGUGUUAAUUUUAUUUUCGAUUAGUGCAGUACAAGUUUCUCGUUCGGCAAUUAUGGCCCAAAAUCCCACGGUAUCAAGUUUGUUGUUAUUUGAUUUUCAAAAUGCGACCGAUUUAAAUAACUGGACAGAACAAUCUGACACUGUGAGAUCAGCAGGAAAGUCAAAAGCAACAUUUGAUUUAUAUAAAACUCAAACUAGUCAGUCUGCAAUCUUAUUCACAUUGCUAAAUCCAUUACCAAACGGUGCAUGUUUCAGUGGCGUCCGUACAUUAACACAAUUAAACCUUGAGGGAUAUGAAUAUAUAUCAUUUGUAUGCAAAACCGCGGGAAAUGCCACUACAUACAAGAUUAUUUUAAGGCAUAAUAAUUUAAAUGACGAGCCAAACCCAACUUACGAACAAAAAUUUAAGGUCAACACGGAAUCAGAUACCACAGUAAAAAUGCCAAUUUCACAAUUCCACCCCUAUUAUAGGGGUAAAGAAAUAAUAGAUGGACCUACACUAAAUGUGAAAAAUAUUACCAACUUUGGUAUUCAAGUCGCUGGGGGAGUUUAUGAAAACUUUAAACAAUCAGGAUUAUCGUCAUUAGUAGUGGAUCAAAUAUGGGCAGAGCCUUACGGAGAUACAAACUGAACAAUUGUAUGUCAUCAAUUAUAAUUAUACAAUAUGAAUUUCUGUCAACCAUUAUACUCAUUAGUCAUUAGACAUUAUCUAAAUUAUUAUCUAUAAGUGAUUACAUCAUAUUGUAUAUUAUAGGUACUUAUACUUAAGUUGAAGUCAACUACCUAAUUAACUAAAUUUGUUAAUGUAAUUAGGAACCUAUUCAUAAUAUAUAAUAUUGUAUUGUUA